UUCUCAACAUGUGUACACACCCUGCUAAAAGGAAGGUGGACCGUGCUUUCGCUUUCACACCACACGCCAGCGGGGCUGACAGAGAGGAGCCAUGGCCGACAAGGUUCUGAAGAGCAAGCGGAAGCAGUUCAUCAACUCAGUGGGCAUGGGGACGCUCAGCGGCCUGCUGGAUGAACUCUUCCAGAACAGCGUGCUGAACCAGGAGGAGAUGGAGAGAGUGAAAUGCGAAAACGCCACGGUCAUGGAUAAGGCCCGAGCUCUGAUCGACGCCGUCCUGCGGAAAGGGCCGCGCGCGUGCCAGCUGGUCAUCUCUCACAUCUGUGAAGAGGACACCCACCUCGCAGAGACGCUGGAGCUCUGCUCAAGUUCGCGGUCUGGAAAUUCUCUCACGGACUCUGCAGCAGCGGUUUCUCCUCUUCCAGAAGACAAACACGACAAAAACCCACUUAAGACUUUGGAAUCUGUGGGCAAAGAGCUCCUAACUGACUUUUUGCAAGGCUUGGUGGAGAAAGAUGUCCUGAAACUGGAGGAAGCAGAAAAGAAAAAAUUUCAUGAUGCCAAAGCUGGAGACAAGCCCUGGGUCCUUCUGCACUUGGUGCGGGAAAAACGCAAGGAGGCAGGUCAAGCCUUUGUCCAAACUUUCGUUAAUACGGACAAGCGUUCCACCAGUGUGGAAGCUUUCGGGGAAAUCACGCCUGGGCCGGCUGAGCCAGAAGAAUCGACAGAUACUCUCAAGCUUUGUCCUCAGGAAGAGUUCAUGAAACUGUAUAAGCAGAAGGCUGGAGAGAUCUACCCAAUAAAGGAGAGAAAGGAUCGGACUCGUCUGGCUCUCAUCAUAUGCAAUACGAAGUUCGAUCAUAUUCCUAACAGGAAUGGGGCUGAGUUUGACAUUAAAGGGAUGAGGAGGCUGCUUACGGACCUUGGCUACAGUGUGCACCUAGAAGAGGAACUGGACGCUAAGGAGAUGGAGUCCGCGCUGCGGGCGUUUGCCGCCCGUCCGGAGCACAAGUCCUCGGAUAGCACUUUCCUGGUGUUCAUGUCCCACGGCAUCCUGAGCGGAAUCUGCGGCACGAAGCACAGCCCUGAAAACCCAGAUGUGCUAGCUUACGACACCAUCUUCCAGAUUUUCAACAACCGCCACUGCCUUAGUCUAAAGGACAAGCCCAAGGUCAUCAUCGUCCAGGCCUGCAGGGGUGAAAACCUUGGGGAGCUGUUGGUCAGCGACUCUCCUGCGGCUCCGACGGAGAGAAUUUCACAGAUGGGUUCCAUCCUUUCACAGAUAGGUGACAGCCUGGAGGAUGACGCCAUUCACAGGGUCCACGUGGAGAAGGACUUCAUCGCUUUCUGCUCCUCAACCCCACAUAAUGUGUCCUGGAGAGAUGUGAACAAGGGAUCUCUCUUCAUUACACAACUCAUCACAUGCUUCCAAAAAUAUUCUUGGUGCUGUCAUCUGGAAGAAGUAUUUCGGAAGGUACAACAAUCAUUUGAAAAACCAAAUGUGAGAGCCCAGAUGCCCACCAUUGAACGCCUAUCCAUGACAAGAUAUUUCUAUCUCUUUCCUGGCAACUGAAAACAGCAUCACGGGCAGUCCAGCUCUUCUUGACCAACUUCGAAAAGUACCUUAGCUAGCAUACCACACUCAUUUAACUCGUUUCAUUUCAAUAAAAAAGAAAACAAAUAAACUGUGCCCUUUAAA